AUGGCCAGCCAGACAACAUUCUACCAGCCCGAUCCCUCUCUGGAUGCGUCGAUCGCCCCAGAGUCGCUGUUCUUGGGCCAAGAGUUCUCUCCAGAAUACCUCUCGCUCUCUUUACUGGAGAAAGACGACCAGCACCCAGAGAUGCCUUUCGAGGCGUUCCAAUACCAAGCACAUCAGAACCAAAUGCAGCCUAUGCCGACUAUCCCAGCUGAGAGCGACAUGAACCGCCCUCGGCUCCGCAACCGCGCCCUCCGCCCAGCACCCCCGGACAGCCGCAGAGGCUCGGCCGACGACAUGAACCAGCCUCCAUUCUACUCCUACGGGUCCAUCCCCAGCUAUUCAUCCUUUUCAUCCAACAACUCCAACCCCCACGAGGCAGACCAGGACUUCCGCUUCUCCCCGCACUCGGACAUGAGCAGCAACAAAUCGACCUCCCCCCUCCGCUGGCAGACAGGCGACACCGAAAAACGCGCCAAACAUCUCGAGCGCAACCGCGCGGCCGCCAGCAAGUCCCGUCAGAAGAAGAAGCGCGAAACGGACCAACUCCGCACGCGGUUCCAGGAGGCGUCCCGUCGCAAGUCGGGUCUCGAAAUCGAAAUUAAGGAGCUCCACAGCCAGCUGCUCUCGCUCAAGGACCAGAUCCUCAUGCACUCGCGGUGCGAUGAUGAGGCCAUCCAUAUGUACCUGGGGCGGAUGGUCAAGCAGGCGACCAAGUACGAUUCCUUCUCGUCCGCUUCGAGCGGAGAGCCGGACUGCGAUGACCGCGACCGGAAGCUCGAGCGUCGGCAUGCCUCGGACUCUAUCUCGCCUCGUCAGGCUGCGGUCAGUUUGCAGCACCCUCACCCACACGGUCGUCCCAACCAGUUUGAGUCGGACAUUUCGAACGGGCAGCAGUUCCCGAUGAGGAUGGGGGAUGGGGGAUUGCCCUGCGGCGUGGAGAAGCCGAUGAUGAACCAGAUGUUCAACCAACACGAUCAAAAUAUCUUCGAUCUGCAGAUUAGCAUCUCGUGA